AAUUGUCAGCUUUUGCCAUCUGGCUUCUGUUCAAAGUUUACCUUUCAUCCACGCCUUAAAGAUUUAAUCACUGGCUGAGUUGCCAGAGACACAGCAGCAGAGAAAGAGAGAGCGAGGCUUCCCUGCUUUCAGCAUGACUGUUUUCAGCUGGCUGGUCAUUCUUUCCCUGCUAUUCCUCUGUUUCUGGAAGAGCAGAUGUCCCAAAGGUUUCCCUCCGGGGCCUUGGCACCUGCCCCUGAUUGGGAAUCUCCUUCAGGUCAGGAUGGGGAACCUUUUGAAGGACUUGGAUCAGUUAGCCAAAAAAUAUGGUCCUGUCUUCAGUCUUUAUCUUGGAGGAACACCUGUAGUCUUUACUCAUGGAUUUCCUCCAGCAAAAGAGGUCCUCGUGAUAAAAGGCACAGAAUUUGCUGGGAGGGCAGACUUUCCUAUAAUGGAUGCCAUCAAUAAGAAAAAAGGUAUACUGUCAACAAAAUAUGGUGAAGUCUGGAAGGAGCAAAGAAGGUUUUCACUGAUGUUUCUCAGAAACUUUGGAGUGGGCAAGAAAUCAAUGGAAGAAAAGAUCUUGGAGGAGGCAACUUAUUUGAUUGAGGCGUUUACUGAAAAGACAAGUACCUUCUCCGGGGACAGGAUGGGAUGGAUGGGGAAUCGUCACUUCAGUGUUCAUUCUUUGUCCAUGGGACACAAUUCAGUUGACCUCCAAACUGACCACUGGCUUUACAAUGCUGUGCUGUUAGUGAGGAGGCUUCCCCUGCCCCAUCAGGCACUAGUAACAACUGCAAAGAAAAUAGAUGCUUUCGUUGAAAAAGAGGUGGAAGAGCACAAGGCAACCAUGAUUCCUGGAGAACCCCGGGAUUUCACUGAUGCAUAUCUGGAAGAAAUGCAGAAGGCAGAGAGGAAAGGUUCCAGUUUUGAAGAAGAGCAACUACGAGUCUUACUGUCUGAGCUAUUCAUAGCUGGAACAGAGACAACAGCAGGAACGAUUCAGUGGGGAUUCCUCUAUUUGAUGGCCUUCCCAGAGAUCCAAGUGAUUAUCAUGGCUGGGAAUUCAGUGAGCUGCUAUCUCGUCACUUCUGGUGCUCACCUGACUGGGAAGUAUACCAACCAUGUCUACAUGGAGUCAGUGAAAUGUUUUCCAGAAGGUAACCGAGUUCUUGGUUCCUCAGAGAAAUGCUGGAAGGAAAUAGACACUGUUCUGGGAAACAAUGCAAGCCUGAAAUACGAAGAUAGAGAAAACUUGCCCUACACAAAUGCCGUCAUUCAUGAAAUCCAACGCAUUUCAAAUGUUGUUCCUCUUGGAAUACCUCACGCACCCAUUCAAGAUGUGCAGCUCUUUGGAUAUAAAAUUCCCAAGGACACCAUGGUUUUUGUCAAUCUCCAUUCUGCACAUUUUGAUGAAUCUCAGUGGAAGUUCCCAGACGAGUUCAACCCCUCCAACUUCCUGAAUGAAAAGGGAGAGUUUGUGAACACGGAAGCUUUUUUUGCAUUUUCAGCAGGUAAAUAUCUCUCUCUCUCUCUCUCUCUCUCU